UCGAAUUAAUUGUCGCACAAUUUUAUAUUAAAUAUAUAUAUGUAUAUGUAAAUGGUUGUUAAGUUAAACUUGAGUCUUUUAUUGACAACAACAACAACAUUGGUAACCCCUGCAUUUCACGAACGUCUGAAAUACAAUUGAUUUCAAUGUUAUUUUAUUCUUGGAAGCAGAGCAGCGGCAGAAUUUUCAAAUUCAACGUCAAUUCCAUCACAUUUUGUGCAUGCAUGGUUUUGCUAUGACAAAUUUUGUUUUUUGCUGAUGCAUACCAACCAAUGGAACUUGCGACAACAAGGAAACAUCGAUUAUAAAGAACAUUCCGCUAGCAACGAGGAUUUGGAUUUUUUCGACUCCAGUGAUACAAAGAUGUUAGAAAUGGAAAAUAUCCUAAAACCUAUGGUGAAUUUGGAGAGUGAAGUUAUUUCUCUUCGAGAAGCACGACAGACUUCAAUUGAUGUGCAUCGACCUGGAGUGCAUCGGCACAUUUUCUGCACACGGACACAUACGCCAACAAAAAUGUCUUUUUGUGUGUGUAAUCGUAUGUCAUUGUUAACCAGACGCCGUACAAUUUUGUGUACUAUUAUUGGGUACAAAAGUAAAAAUGGUCAAAUUGUUACAAACAAAUAAGUUUUUGGGUCACUCUAACCAUAUUAAAUUAAAUAAAAAAACUAGCCAUAAUUCCGAUAUUUAUAUAACAAGUGCGUGCGUGCAUUUGAACGUUAGCCCUGCCAAAAUCUAAUCGCAGCCGCCGGCAAAAAUGUUUUUGUGUUAUUCUCUCGAUGGAUUCUACAAAGAUUACAAAAUUUUUAUGCGUAUUCAGCAAAGACCUAGUAUAGUAAAAGUGGCACAGUUGAUUUUCAUGCAAGUUGGCAUGUCGAAUGCAGCAUCUUAACCAAAUCCUCUUUUUUCUCCUUCGCAAAUAGAAAAUUAAUUUGCAAAUAAUUACGUUAAAUUUAACACAUACGCCCAUGAAGUUUGUGAAAUAUACAAAUAAAAAUUUUCUUUAUCUCUUGGCGCCGUUUAUACCAAGUUUAAA